GGUUUUCAAACAGAGCCUGAAAUACUUUUAGCGAUCUCGAGCAGAGGAGAAUUAAAUUGUUUUGUUUGAACUAGCUACCACUAAAUUACGGGUCAAUAGUGCGCUGUCAGCCAGGGAAUUAAAGUGAAAUAUUUACGGCGCACGGAUGGAAAUGGCGUUACAACGUGCGCGAAUAACGCGAUUACUUAUUCACGUGGGAAAAAGUUCGACUGGCUUCCUAUGCUUUUAUCUCGUACGAAGUAGCUUUUAGUUUUUUAUUUAAAAAAAAAAGAAAAAGAAAGAAAUGAGAGAUCGCGGAAAGUUAUACUAAAUACCACGUUAGCUCAAAAAAUCAUAGGAUACAUUGAUAGUUAAAUUAUACAUUGUUCCACUCGAGUGAUCGCAUAGAAUCGCGCUAAUUCGUACUCAACAUAUUAGAUUGGAACAAGCCGCACGGAGCUGGUGCAAAUUCAGACGAAUCAAAAUUUGUCGUUAAUUCCUUUAUUGAUACCUUUAUUCGACAUUGGCAUACACGAAGCAUUUCGUAAUUCUUAGGUGAACGGAUAAACCGUCGAAAGUAUGCAAUAAAAUUUCUUCGCGAGACACUUAAUUUUCACGUUUACGACCAUAGCCCAGUAAAGCUUCCGUGCCAUCCAAGAAUAGUUUAUACCAUGAAACAUUGUCUGUUCUAAAAGUAUCUGCCGCGAAUCGUAGAAUUUUGCGAUAAUUCGGCGUCUUGAGGAUCGAUCAAAAAAAAAAAAAAAAAGAAUUAAGAACAAAAGGUUACGUAAAAAGUAAAAUUAAAAUUUAUUACAAUUUAUUCCAUAAAGUGCAACUCUUCUUUUUAAACGUGUAUAGAAUAAAGCACGUCGGAAAUGUUGAAAAUUCUUCGAGAUACAUUUAGGAGAUACAUUCGCUAAAGUUUAUGGUACGUUUGAAUAUCAGAAAGACUGUCCUAUUUAUAAAAAGUAUUCGAUUUGUCAUGGGUUGGUCCAUCCACUUUCGUUUGUGUUCGUUGGCCGCGGUCACGGAACUUAUAAAGGAAAGGAAAGAUUCGAUAAUCGAAUCGACAACGUGUUGCGCUCGUUCCGCGCGUGACCGUGACUCGCCUUUCUCACCAGCAACAACUGUUCGACGUGUCAACGGUGCUACCAAGCAAUUAGGGAAUUUACGGAAUCCAUCGAUUAAAUGCCGGUUGAAACGAUCAUAGAGGCGAUUACGGGAUUAAGAAACUGGUUUGCACCUGCGCGCAAAGUUCGCUCAGGCGAUAGAAAGGUGUGUUUCGACGUUCGCGAACGUUAUUGGUCGGUCUGGACGAUCGCGAAGAACGGGGGGCCCGUCGAGUGGCGUGAUAAAUGCGAGCUGUCCGCGAAAGUCACAUUUGAUUCGAGUUAACGUACUCGGAACGAAUAAAUAAAGAAGAAAAGAUAGAUAAUUACGGAAGAUGGAUAAAGUCCGACUAAGUAAAAGAUGCUAGGUUGCAGAAAAUGAAAAUAAAGAAGAAAAGAAAUAAGAAAGAUAGAUAAAGUUCGAGGAGGAUGUCGAAGUCGGGCAGCAUCAAGGAUGGCGAGAAGGGUCCGUACGACGCGGUCCCGAUCGCCGAGAAACCCAGCGAUGAGAUCAAACUCGAAGCGAAGAUGUCCCUGAUGAACGGCGUGACCGUGAUCGUCGGUUCCAUUAUCGGUUCUGGGAUAUUCGUUAGUCCCACUGGUGUCCUCACCUACACGGGUAGCGUGAACGCGAGCCUCCUGGUGUGGAUAGCUUCCGGCAUCUUCUCCACGGUGGGCGCAUACUGUUACGCGGAGUUGGGAUGCAUGAUCAGAAAGUCGGGCGCCGAUUACGCGUAUAUCAUGGAGACCUUCGGACCUUUCAUGGCAUUCAUCAGACUCUGGGUCGAGUGUAUGAUAGUGCGGCCUUGCAGUCAAGCUAUCGUGGCCUUGACCUUCAGCAUUUAUGUACUGAAACCAGUGUUUCCAGACUGCUCGCCACCGGACGAGGCGACGAGGAUACUCGCUGCUUGCUGCAUAUGUAUCCUCGCGUUCAUCAACUGCUGGGACGUGAAAUGGGCGACAAGGGUGCAGGACAUUUUCACGUACGCCAAGCUCCUGGCGUUGUUCGUCAUAAUCUUCGCCGGAGGUUGUCAGCUGUUCACCGGGCACACGCAAUAUUUCACGUUCGAGAACACCAACACGGAAGUGACGUCGAUAGCGCUGAGCUUUUAUUCGGGUCUGUUCGCUUACAAUGGUUGGAAUUACUUGAAUUUCAUCAUCGAAGAGCUGAAGGACCCCGUCAAAAACUUACCAAGAGCUAUCGCAAUUUCGUGCGUGCUCGUCACGCUUGUUUACGUUUGCGCAAACGUAGCCUUCUACACGACCUUGAGCCCCGUGGAGGUUCUGGGAAGCGAGGCAGUGGCAGUGACCUUCGCCAAUCGUCUGUUCGGCAUGUUCGCCUGGACGAUACCUGUGUUUGUGGCACUGUCGACGUUCGGAGCGGUAAAUGGAAUUCUUCUGACGUCCUCGCGACUCUUCUACGCCGGCGCCUGCGAGGGUCAGAUGCCUGAAAUAUUGACCAUGAUUCAAACCUCGAGGGUUACCCCAACGCCGGCCGUUAUCUGCAUGGCCCUCUUGUCCAUGGUGUACCUCUGUUCUUCCGACAUCUAUGCUCUGAUCAAUUAUGUCGGCUUUGCUGCUUGGUUGAGCAUAGGCGUCUCUGUGCUCUGUCUACCCUGGCUCAGAUGGGCUCAACCGAAUCUGCCUAGGCCAAUCAAAGUGAACCUCUUCUUCCCAGUAAUAUACAUUAUUGCUACCAUUUUCGUGACUGUUGUGCCUAUGUACGCUAGCCCAGUGGAGACAGGAUACGGCUGCCUAAUGAUCUUGUCGUCCGUGCCCGUGUACUUUAUCUUUAUCGCGUGGAAAAAUAAGCCAAAGUUCUUCCAGAAAGGAGUCUUAAGCGUGACGAAGUUUCUGCAGAAGAUAAUGCUGGUGGUCGGCAAGCCGAAAGCCGCUCAGGUUUAACCGCAGACAGAAUGCGUCGUCAGCCUUCAUAGAGGUGACUUCCAGCUUGCAGACAACGAGAAAUGGGACAGGCUUUCCAGGACACUCGGAGAACGUUUAUCCGCCUAGAUUCAUGUAAAAUAUUUAUUUCAUACGAAAGAUAUUCCUAACUCAAAUUCGAUUCUAGGUUGGACCUGCAUUGCACUAUAAAAUUUAAAUCAAACUCCUUUUAUACAUACACACGUUAGAACGAUUUGUAAUUUUCAGUUCAACGAUAAGACUUUAUUCCAAAGAUUAUUUCAAUAUUCGAGCUACUCGUUUAAUCGUUCUCCGAGUGAGGGAGGAGCGUUCUGGCCAGAGACAGCCAUAUUUAAUCAGAAUGCUCAGCAACAAAACCUUGAAAGUUGCUCAACAAAUCCACGUCUGCUUUUCUCGUCUGGAUGUCAACCUCGUUACACUGGCACCAAGACAUGGCGGUGAUGUAUUACCAAAACGAUUCCAGCGGAGGUAUAAUAAUAAUGAUAACGGCGAUACGCAGUGACUACGAAGGUACUAACACGAAAGACGCAAAUAAAAAAAUUAAAGAGGCAUCACUGAAUGUUCAACGAGAAGACACACAGUAUUCUCCUCCGCUGGACGCGCGUUUCCGAUGUUAUUGCUUCGUUUCAUUCCAUGCUGUACCAUUUCCAUGUUUCGCGAUGCGAUCCUUCGUUUCGAGCCUUAUUCAUCUUCGAGUAGAUUUCGUUAGCCCAGGAUAUCGUCGAUAAUUUAUUAUCUAUGUUUAUUUAAUUCCUCUUCAUUUCGCGAUGAUUGAACAACAUCGAGCACAGGUCCCGAUUACGGUUCAAAACAUUUUCGUUCACACAGGGAUCGAGAAACGAAGGUUCGUAACAAUUGUUACGCGAUGGCAUUCGAUUGUCAACAUCGCAUAAUAAUAGUAAUAAUAAUAAUAAUACUAAUAAUAAUAAUAAUAAUAAUAAUACCGAUAAUAAUAUUGUAUUCGCAUUUUACUGCCACUGGUAUUGGCACGGGGACUGGAACUGUUCGGAUAUUUGAUGGAAACUUCAAACACCGCGUACAUGAUUUAAAACCUAACCUAAACACACAACAUUUUGAACCUAACCUAUUAUUUUAAUAAUGUUUGGUUGAACAGUUGAAUUAGACUUGUAUUUAAUAGUAUUUAAGUAUUCGAAAAGUAGUACCAGCCUUAAGAGGCACGCAUACGUACAUGUCUAUAGGGUGUCCAUCGACAUCUGGAAUUUCUCGAAAAGAAAAACUUACAAAUGAAACAGAUCAAUUCGCUCAAUUGCAAUAAUUAAUAUUUUUGAAACUUGUACUACAAUCCCAUAGUCUGUACACACCGCGUGUGUCUCGUGCUUCCAUGGGUUCAUUGGACUGCGCUCUAUGAGCAACUUUUAACGGGGACUGUUCAUUGCUAAACCACUGGCUAGAUCUUUUUUGUCUAUUAGAGAAAAAGAUAGUCCGAAGGCGCAACCACUCGAAUGACUCUGGCUAUUCAAACGUUUAGGUUUAACGUGUGUGUUAAUUGCGAUCGCGAGAAUUUUCGGUAAAUUGACGAUUGCAGGCAAGCUUAUGAGCGUGAAUCGUUCGAGUUUUAGAUUUUUUAUACUUUUCUAAUCGUAAAUCUAUAGGACAAUUUUAGUCGAUUCUAAAUCUUCAUUCUAGUUUGUUCCUUAUUUAUCAUUCCGUUUACUGUACAAAACGUGUAUGCAUGGUGUACACUGAUCUCUAUUUAAUGAAUUUGUUACGGAGGUUUGCAACAACCAUAGAAAGCCUCCGUAACGAUGCCGAGGCCGCCAUCUUUGAGAAUGAAUCGCGCCGGCCACCUGUAUAGGCAACCGAAGUACUCGAAUAGUUUAUGAAGUUAUACAAUAUUUUUUAUGGGAAUAAUUCUUAUGAAAAGAAUAGAUUUAUAUGUAUUAUAAAUGUACGACUUAAGUGAUUUAAUUUACUAAUUCGAACUUGUAAACUUAAAACUAUGUUUCUUACAAAUAUAACGUUCUAUCGUUUUAAUUAAAAUUGAAAACAGAAUUUGAAGUAAAUUCUUCAAAAAAGCUGCACAGACCCUAUGAAAAGGUAGUAGCGUUUUAAUCUCCACGAAGGUGACUAUGUUUAAGAAUUGUGUAGCAGCAACGACACCACCGGAAUCCAUGUUUUACGUACAAUACUUUGAUUGCGCUAUUAAAAGAGGAAUAAUCCUUAGGCGAUACAUUCGACACAGCUCGUAAGUUUGUCCUGUUCAAUUUAUACGAGUCGUUUAUUAGUCGAAUCACUUAACCGUCUGACACCGUGGCAGUAAGUACUGUGUCCUGUACGAAUUAAGACUUAAUGUGUUUAUCUCGCCCCAUUGUCGACACCUUCAUGCUUGUACGCACUGUGAUUUUUAUUUACUCAUAAGCGCACGUUGAUUUUCGCGAAUCGUCGAAUUCAGGAAACCCUGGUUUCUUGUCUAUAUCCAAACUUUAUCCGUGUGUUCUUCUGUGUAAAAAAAAAAGUUGCAAUUGAAUGUAAACUUUCUAUUUAAAUGACAAUGGAACACUAAGACUAAA